ACUCAUAAACAAUUUACGAAAGGAAUGCGCAUUAUGUUUUGCUACUCGUGUAUUUUUUUCGUACCAAAAUUAAUGUGUUUAAUGAAAUAAUGCCCGGGGAUUUUGAAUCGAGUAGCAUGUGGUCUAGUUACAAUUACUGUGACAAUUAUUCGUGUGCAUAUAGUUACAGAUCUUAAAGCACAAUAGUUUGUUUCAUAUAGCAGGGUGUUUGUCCUUGAGUACUUGCAUCAUCAUUUGUAGACUUGUACACAAAAUGUUACAUGUUAUAAUGCUUGCACUGGCAAUACUAAAUAAUCAUGCCAGUGCAGAAACAGGUGAUAAUAUUUCCAGAGAUCAAAUUACAGAAAAUCAAGACAGCUGUGGCUGUGGUGCUAUUAAAAGAAGGGCAGGAGAUCAAUUAGAGGAUUCAACAAUUCUUCAAGAAGACACUUCAUUAAACAUUAAUAGUGAAAAGUACUCUUCUGCUGCAAAUGCACAAAGCAUUUAUCCAAGAACAAAUCAAAUGGUGUUUAUAAAAGGUGGUAAGUUCAUGAUGGGCACAGAUGAACCAGUAUUUGUAGCAGAUGGAGAAGGACCGUCCAGAGAAGUGACAAUAUCUGACUUCUACCUGGACAUUCAUGAAGUUAGUAAUGCAGAAUUUGAAUUAUUUGUAAAUGCAACUGGAUACAGAACAGAAGCAGAAUCAUUUGGUGAUUCUUUUGUCUUUGAAUCAUUACUCAGCGAAGAGACAAAGGCUGGAAUAACACAGGCUGUUGCUGGGGCACCGUGGUGGCUGCCUGUUAAAGGCUGUAAUUGGAAACACCCUGAAGGACAGGAUUCCAACAUAAAAGGUCGUAAGGAUCACCCUGUAGUCCAUGUCUCUUGGAAUGAUGCAGUUGCAUAUUGUUCUUGGGCAGGAAAACGAUUACCUACUGAGGCAGAAUGGGAAUAUGCUUGCCGAGGUGGCCUCAAAGGACGCCUGUUCCCUUGGGGAAACAAAUUAAAUCCAAAGGAUAAACACUGGGUAAAUAUCUGGCAAGGGGAGUUCCCUGAUACUAACACAGGAGAAGAUGGUUAUGUAAGCACUUGUCCUGUGACAGAAUUUCCUACCAAUGCAUUUCAUCUUCACAACAUCGUUGGCAAUGUCUGGGAAUGGACGGCAGACUGGUGGAACAUAAAACAUAGUAGCGUGCCAACUACAAAUCCUAUGGGACCAGAAAGUGGAAAAGACCGCGUAAAGAAGGGCGGCUCCUACUUGUGCCACAAGAGUUACUGCUACCGAUACCGUUGUGCCGCUCGCAGUCAGAACACACCAGACAGUUCUGCUGGAAAUCUUGGCUUCCGCUGUGCUGGUACAAAUAUUCCCGAGUACUUGAAGGAACAUCCAUAAACUGACGUUACUUAUGUGAUACAAUGAGUCUAGUACUAAGUAGGCAAUAUUUUUAACACAUCUCAGUUUGAUUUCUUAAGUACAUUGCAGAUAAUAAAUUUUCAAUAAAAGAGCAAAAUCUAAGCUCAGAUGUCAAUAUGGUACACAAAGAACAUGUUUUCUGUUAGAGACGUAAUUUAGAAGUUGCUCAAUAUGGGCGAGAUGAGUUUAGUCGUAGAAGAAAUACAACUGUAUCAUGACGUUUCUUACGGUAACACCAUAAUAUUUAAUGAUCCCUUCAAUCAGUGCUCAGCACGUUUGCCGGUAGCUCCAUCUUGCCACAGAAUCACUUGACAAUUGUUCCCAUUGCUAGUCUACAGAUCUGCAACUCUGUGCUCUUAUGUUUAAGCGGCCCAUCCACGUACGAGUCCGGCUCGGCUCCCAUUGAGCCAAACUCAUCUGUGGGUGGGGUGUCACGAGCCGAGUCUGCUAUGCGUGUGUGGUGAAAUAUAUCCGAGCCCGGCUCACGAGUCAAGCUUCCCGAGCCAGACUCGCAAGUCAGACUCUUACGUGGAUGGGCCUCUUUAGAGUUCAAUUGAACUUUUGUGGUAAAAUCUUCUGCCUGACCGGUAUUUUCUAUUUAACACAAGGCACAGCGAGGCAUCAUUAAAUUAUGGCGCUACCUUUGUAAUUAAUUUGAUAUUGUGCUUUGUGGUAACGGAGGUGAACAGGGAUGCUAAUUAAUAUUAUAUGAAACUUUUAUAUGGUAGUCGUGUUUUAACUAAUCUUAUUUUGUAAACAUUUUAAAGGUCCUCUGACAAAUGACUAUAGUACUUUUGAAUAAUGAGCUUCAAAAUAAUGUGUAUUUUCUGCCAGAAAGAUGGGGGUAGAGACAAAGGGGCAUAUUUAAAAAAAAAAUUGUAACCUGAAAUAUCUUCCAUAAGUUACAGAUAUUGAGCACAAAUUUUAUUUUAAUUUUAAAUCUUAUCUGAAAUGAUCUCCAAUUGACAGUACGAAACAUGGUAGUUCAUGUCGCACAAAAUGGUACUGUCAGUAAUCUCAUAGCAACACUUCCCAAAAUACUCAUAAACCAGCUGAGUACAGUUAUAGAACAGACUCAGAUGGUUGGCAAUGAUUCUUUUUAAUAUUAUCUGGGUAAUGAAAACAUGUAGGCUUGUAUGUAGAUACCAACAUUUCAGAGAAACACUGGUAUUUACCUAUAAGUCCACAUGGCGUUACUAUUAAGAUAACAUCUUCGUCACCAUGAGAACCUCAAAAAUGGUGUUGCUGUACUUAGAAAAUUUUCUGUACUCUUAGAACAAUUAUUAAAGAAUUAUUUUUAUAAUAGAUAAAAUGUUUUACAAAGAAUAAAUUAGUAUUUUGGGUAAUAACUAUUCACUCUGCAAAAAAUAACAACUAUUAAAUAUUAAUUUAAAACAAGAUUCAUUUUAUCCAGAUAUAAAUCAUUUUGUACUUAAUAUGUUUAGGUACUUAAUAAUACAAUACUUGGAAGUUCCUAAUAUGAAUUUAAGACCAAAAGAAAAUGUCUUCCAACUAUAUCGUAUUAAGUGGUGUGGGUCAUGUAUUAUUCUAUGUUGUUAAAUACAUUUUAUAACUGUGAUCA